AUUGAUUCUGUUAUCAUUACAAAUAGUUUUAUAAAGGUUGUUCAACAGUAUUGUAUUUAUUUUUAACAAUUUGAACAGAAACUUAGUAUGGCGCCGUCUGUCGCUGAAUUCUUUCAAGACAAAAGCGUCUUAGUCACUGGUGCGACCGGUUUCCUUGGUAAGGCGUUAAUCGAGAAAUUGCUGAGAUCAUGCCCUGGGAUCACCACCAUCUAUCUCUUAACAAGGCCGAAGAAGAAUCUAAGUGCUCAGCAAAGAAUACGAGAACUCUGGAAUAAUAAGAUAUUUGAACGAUUGCGAGAAAAAGAACCGGAUUCAUUCAAGAAGCUGAAGCUGAUAGCUGGAGAUAUUUUGGAAAAAGAUUUAGGAAUUUCGAAUGAUGAUCGCCAAGAGUUGCAGCGAUGUUGUAACAUCGUGUUCCACGGCGCAGCAUGUGUUAGAUUUGAUCAAAAGCUAAAAGAUGCAAUUGAAAUGAAUACAAAAGGCACGCUUCGACUUCUGGAAUUAGCUGAAAAGAUGAACAAUCUCUUGGCAUUCGUGCAUUUAUCAACGGCUUAUUGUCGUUGCAAGGUAGACGUUUUGGAAGAGAAGAUGUAUCCACCAGUUCACGACCCCGAAAAAGUGAUGGACUUAGUUGAUUGGCUGGACGACGAAACGCUUGCGUAUUUGGAGCCAAAAUUAAUAUCAUCUGAACCUAAUACAUAUUCAUAUACAAAAGCUAUAACUGAAAAUCUCGUAGCAAAAUACACGUCAAAAUUUCCAGUUGGUAUUGGACGUUUGUCCAUUGUAACUGCUGCUUACAAGGAGCCAAUACCUGGUUGGGUUGAUAAUUUAAACGGACCGACAGGCAUUUUAAUUGGAGGGGGUAAAGGUGUUCUUCGCACUAUGCUCUGCAAUGAAAAUUAUCAAGCCGAUUUGUAUCCUGUGGACAUGGCUGUAAAUGGAUGUAUAUUACUUUCGUACGUUUGCGGUUUGGAAAAAUCCAAGGAAGUUAAGGUCUGCAACAUGACUCAGUCUAGACGAAAUCCCUUAACUUGGAAAGAAUCCUUGGAUGCUGGUCGCAAGAUCAUCAAUGAAUAUCCAUUCUCCGUUUGCCUCUGGUACCCAGGAGGUUCUAUAAAAAAGUGUAAAUUGUACCACAAGAUCCACGCUUUCUUUGCUCAUCUCAUACCAGCUUACUUGGUCGACUUCCUGAUGAUUUUGUUGGGGAAGAAGACUUUCAUGGUGAAAUUACAGAAACGAAUUAACGAUGGUCUCGAAGUCUUUCACCAUUACACCAUAAAAGAAUGGUGUUUUAAAAAUGAUUAUUUCAGAUCAUUCUCGAAGCGAAUUUCUGAAGAAGACAAUGAAAUAUUUUACACAGAUACUUUGCUUUACAAAUGGGAUGACUACAUAAGAAACUAUAUACUUGGUGCGCGAGAAUUCUGCUGUAACGAGGAUAUUUCUACAUUGCCAUACGCCAGGAAACUAAACCGAAGAUUAUUCUACUUGGAUAUAGCUGUAAAAACAAUUGUCAUAUUGUUCCUCAUAUAUCUAUUUUAUGUUUGUUGUGGAUUAUUUAGUUAAUAUGUAUAUAAGUUUUUAUAUUACUAAAUUAUUUUAUGGAUAAUGCGUUAACCUAUUUAUUUAAAAUUAGAUUUUCCGGAUGUUACGUUUGUUGAACAUUGUAGUUAUUUAAUAAAGUAAUUUAAAUAAGAA